UGUAGUGUAAGUAAUGUAGCAGUGGGUGUGUAACAGCAGCACAACUCUACAUACAACAGCAUGAGUGAGGCAGACAGAAAUAAUCAGAGAGGGAGGUGAAGGGGGAGCAGUUGCCUAAAGGUCUUGUAUGUCAGACUUGCGACUGUCUGCUGCAUCUGGAGAGAAAGACGUGCCAGUGUCCUGAGUAAUACACUGAGCCACGACACCGACACAGGGCAGCGACUUUCCUCUAGCGCGAAAUGACAGAUUUAUGCCUUAAAAAUGAGAAGCAUUAAACGGAGUCCUUGAGUCAGCAAGACAAGACUGUAGUCCCCUGUCAAGUCAAGGUCUGAGACGCUCGCAAGGAACAGUGUUGACUUUCCGUAAGUUCUUACUGUGCCUAAUGUGUAUCUGGGACUGAUCAGCCCCCCUGGUGGACCCCCAGCCUUAGUUAUGAUGCAUGAAGGAGAAAGGUUUGUGGGCGCCGCUUCCUCCUCUUGUUAUCCCAGAGGGGCGACGUUGUGCGGCUGCGAUCUGACAGUUGCGCUUCCAGCACGGAGCGGGGCUUUCCAGCCGAGUAAAGAAAAUAACGCAGGGGGUUAGAUCGUCUACUUCUCAUGGGGGGCUGACGAGUAACUGGCGCUGGAAUAUGUACCAGCCUUUUCAGCACUUGGACAGCGAUCAAGUCGCAAGCUGGCAGUCGCCGGAGAUGCUGAUGAACAAAAGCGUGUCCCGAGAAUCGCAGCGCAGAAAAGAACUGGUGGCGGGGCAAAUAGUAACCGGGAGCCUCCUGCUGCUGCUCAUCUUCUGGACUCUAUUUGGGAACAUCUUGGUGUGUACAGCGGUCAUGCGAUUCAGGCACUUGCGCAGCAGGGUGACCAACAUCUUCAUCGUGUCUCUGGCUGUGUCAGAUCUUCUGGUGGCCCUCCUGGUGAUGCCAUGGAAAGCUGUAGCCGAGGUGGCAGGUCACUGGCCGUUUGGGGCAUUUUGUGACAUCUGGGUGGCCUUUGAUAUUAUGUGCUCCACAGCCUCCAUACUCAACUUGUGUGUCAUCAGCGUUGACAGAUACUGGGCCAUCUCCAGCCCUUUCAGGUACGAGAGGAAAAUGACCCAAAGGGUGGCUCUGUUAAUGAUCAGCACUGCCUGGGCUCUCUCUGUCUUGAUAUCCUUUAUACCAGUGCAGUUGAGUUGGCACAAAAGUGAAACAGAAGACCACCUAUUGAGCAAUCACUCAACUGGCAACUGUGACUCCAGCCUGAACAGGACUUAUGCUAUCUCCUCCUCCCUGAUUAGCUUCUACAUCCCUGUGGCGAUCAUGAUUGUGACCUACACUAGGAUAUAUAGGAUUGCCCAGAUUCAAAUCAAGAGGAUCUCCACCUUGGAAAGAGCUGCCGAGCAUGCUCAAAGCUGUAGGAGCAACAGGGUGGAUUCAUGCAGCAGGCACCACCAAACUAGUCUGAGAACUUCCAUUAAAAAAGAGACCAAAGUUCUAAAGACUCUGUCCAUCAUUAUGGGCGUGUUUGUGUGCUGCUGGCUGCCGUUCUUCAUCUUGAACUGCAUGGUUCCAUUCUGUGAUAGGUCUCCUGGCCACCCACAAGCAGGACUUCCUUGUGUAAGUGAGACCACCUUUGAUAUCUUUGUCUGGUUUGGUUGGGCUAACUCCUCCUUGAACCCAAUCAUCUAUGCUUUCAACGCUGACUUCAGGAAGGUCUUCUCCAGUCUUCUGGGUUGUGGGCAUUGGUGCUCCACCACCCCUGUGGAGACUGUCAACAUCAGCAAUGAACUGAUUUCCUACAACCAAGACACCCUAUUCCACAAGGAUAUUGUAACUGCUUAUGUCAACAUGAUUCCCAACGUUGUGGAUUGUAUAGAUGACAAUGAGGACGCUUUCGACCACAUGUCCCAAAUAUCUCAAACCUCUGCAAACAAUGAGCUUGCCACCGACUCCAUGUGUGAACUUGACAGUGAAGUGGAUAUCUCCUUACACAAAAUAACGCCAUCCAUGUCAAACGCACUGCAGUUGACGUACAGCUGACUCUUGAAAGAAAAUGGUCUUCCUUUAAUUUGAGCAAAACAAAACAACGAUGAAUAAAUAAAAAUUCUUAUUGAAGAGAUGAUAUUUUGAAGCUCU